AUGGAUGACGAGCUGAGGUCAGCGCUGCCCAUGUCCUUCGGAAGGCAAGAGGUGAAAGCGGCGCGCGCUGACGUGGCGCAUGACAAGACGAAGCGCAAGGAGGUGUCCUUUGGGCCCCCAAGGCCCCCACCUCGGGGCCAGCAGCAGCAGCAGCAGCAGCAGGAGCUGGAGGAUGAGGCGCAGCCGUCUGGCAGAGCGGCGGCAGGCGGCAGCGGUGGCGGCGGCGCGUUUGGUCCGCCACGGCCGCCAGGGAAUCACCAGCAGCGAGCGGCUGAGGGCGCGGACGGCGACGCGGGCCUGGUGGGCCCGCCGCGGCCGCCGCCCAGCGGCAGCAGAGGCGAGGGCGGCGGCGGCGGUGGGUCGGACGCGUCGGAUGCCUCGGACGAUGACGACGAGGAGGAGGCCGAUCCUUACCGGCUGCCGAUCAGCAACGAGGUGGUGCUGACGGGCGCAGAGCGCGCGGUGACGUGCCUGGACGUGGAGCACACCGGCAGCCGCGUGGCGGCGGGCAGCGUCGACAACGUGGUGCGCCUGUACGACUUUAACGGGAUGCGGUCGGACUUGAAGCCUUUCAGAGAGGUCACCCCCCAUGACGGCCACCCCGUGUACUCCGUCAGCUGGAGCCCGACCGGGGACUCCUUCCUGGCCGUCACCGGCGCGGCGCAGGCCAAAAUCUACGACCGGGACGGCCGCGAGAAGGGGGAGUUUAUCCGCGGUGACAUGUACAUCCGGGACAUGCGCAACACCAAGGGCCACGUCAGCGGGCUGACGUGCGGCGUGUGGCACCCGACGGACCGCUUCACGGCGAUGACAGCCAGCGAGGACGGGACAGUGCGGAUAUGGGACACCUGGAACGUACUUCAGAAGACAGUCAUCAAGCCCUCCCUGGCCGGCGCCGGCCGCGUGGCCGUCUCCAGCUGCGCGUACAACAGCGACGGCCGCCUCAUCGCAGCCGGCAUCAUGGACGGCACCAUACAGGUCUGGAGCGUCGGCGGCAAGUUUGGGCGGUCGGCCGCGAUCGGCGCCGUGCAGCCGCCGUCGGCGCAGCACAUUGAGAAGCAGGGCUGGUCCUAUGUGUCGAAGCCCAGCCAGGUGGCCCGCAAGGCCCACGAGCCGCAGACCGAGAUCACUGGGCUCGCGUUCACGCAGGACGAUCGCACGCUCGCGUCGCGCGGCGCGGACGGCACCCUGCGGCUUUGGGACCUCCGCAACUUCAAGUCCCCGUUGAAGACCUUUUCAGGGCUGCCCACCAACUACUCGACCACCAACGUCGCCUUCUCCCCGGAUGAGCGCCUGGUCAUGACGGGCACCGCGGCAGAGGACCCCCGCAACGACGCGGGCGGCGGGACUGUGGUGUUUGUGGACGUGAAGGAGCAGCGGGUGGUGCGGGCGCUGGGCAUGCCGGCGCACGCGGCGGCGGUGAAGUGGCACGAUCGGAUCAACCAGAUCUUUGUCGGCGUCGGCAACCGCAAGUCUGGCGGCACCCACGUGCUCUACGACCCGUCCUUCAGCGAGCGCGGCGCGCUGCUGCCCGUCGCGCGCGCGCCGCGCGCCGCGAGCGCGCUGGACUUCGUGCCGCUGUGCAUCAAGACGCCGCACGCGCUGCCCAUGUUCCGAGAAGAGGGGGGCAUGUCCCUGCGGAAGCGCGGGCGGGCGCCCGAGCAGGCGCAGCUGCACCCCGGAUUGACCACCCCGUGA